UUUAAAACUGAUAAGAGACCAAAGAAAAAUCAUCGUCACUGUUCUUAUACUUUCACUUUCUUUUUACUGUAAAUAGGGGUUGUUGUGAGGACCAGCUUGGAGUAGAAAUACAGCAUAGAUUUAUAAAGUAUUGUUUGGUUAAAUGAUCGACAGCUGACUCCUAAUAUAAUAAUCGAAUCCCCCGUCGUGUGAUCGAUCGCUUCCCCUCUGGUUCCUUUGGUUCGACUCGUCUACACAGCUGGUGACGUCAUGUCGGGUUUACUGAAGAAAAUACAAAACAUCGACAAACAAGCAGCUGAUGAGUUGAGAGAAGCUGGUUUACAAAGUGACUCAGACAUCCAGGUCCUGACUAGAGAUGAACUGCGCGACCUGCUUCCAGGAAAUAAGAAUAUGAAACGCAGAAGGGCCAUUUUUGACAUAAUCCACAAGCAGCCAAUAGAUCAGAUCCUAAAGAAGGUGAAGGGGUUCAUCCCAGAGGAGUCUUUGAGAGCUGCUCUAACUGACAAUGGGGUCUUGGUUGAAUACCUCGGUCUCCUGAUGGACAUGAAGACCCAAAUGGAUAAAGUCCUGACCGUCAUCGAAGGUCACAUCGACUUUCUGAACGAAUACAAAACAAAUCCAUCGGACCAUGAAUCAGCCAGCAGUGAGUCGAAGGAGCUUCUGGUCGACCUGAUGGACACCUCACCAGGAGAAACACCAGAGUCCUGGACAUUUCUGGAUAAUUCAGCCAGCAAGGAUUCUGAUUCUGAGGAUCUCCAGAAUCCCAAAAGUGAUGGACCUCCACAAGCAGCAGCAGGCUCUUCGGCAUGUUCAGGUACCUCUGACAGCGGCGUUGGGGGGGAGUCACACCCGAAACGACGUCGUACUAAUCCAGAGGAGUCGAAAAGCCAAAGUGAACCCCGUCCACAAGCAGCAGGAAAAGUGCAGCGAUUCGACCCGAAAAGUAGCCUUACGGGUGGAAACGCAGACGUCAUCGAAGGUCACAUCGACUUUCUGAACGAAUACAAAACAAAUCCAUCGGACCAUGAAUCAGCCAGCAGUGAGUCGAAGGAGCUCGUGGUCGACCGGAUGGACACCUCACCAGGAGAAACACCAGAGGCCGGGUCACAUGUGAGGCCUCUGUCCAGCGGUGGUCAUGAGGAGCAUCAGAUUCCCCAAAGUGAUGGACCUCCACAAGCAGGAGCAGAGUUAUCGGCAGUUUCAGAUACCUCGGACAGCGAUUAUGUGAUUGUGGAGGCCCCAAAACAACCCACAUCGUACAGGAUGGUUGUCGGCGGUCAAACUUUUGGGACCCACCUGAGGCUGAUGGAGGAAAUAGAGAAACAAGUUCAGAUCCAGCUUUGUGAAGACGACAACCACUCGGUCACUUUUGUCUUCUGUCCGAUCAGUUCUCGCGUUGCGUCAGACGUUGAAGCAGCCAUGACCCAAGUUAACGAUGAUAAACCUGUCAUUCUGGUGUUGAUGCACCACACACACCAAGUCAGGGCAACGUCUACUAUGAAAACAUGGAAUGUUAACGCCAAAGUUGUGUUGCAUGUCAACGUUUUCUACCAUCAGACAUGUGGAUUACUGCCGUGUGAUGAGAAUAAUACUGCUGUCACUGAGAUAGGAAAAGAAUUACUGGAUACCUUCUUCGAAAAGUAACCUUACCAGUGGAAACGCAGAGAGUGGGGGGGCUGAAGGUGGUGGGAAUAGGUUUAGAUGGCCGUUUCCCAAAAUGUCUUUGUAUUAAGUUGGCAGUGUUGGUUAUCGCAUUAUUUUAAUUUAUGCAAUGGAUAAAAUCACCUGAUUCAUUUAGACCAUUUGCGAACUGCAGAACACAUUAUUUUAUCCUUCUUGGUAAAAUCUAUCACAGCAACUGAUCUAAUGAUAAUUGUACAGAUUUAAAUAGCAAAACGAAGUUAACUGCACAUUAAGUGCUGUUAAAUUUCUAAAUAUUUAUCCAGUUACUUGUGUUAACAAUUUUUCAACUCAAUUAUUUAUUCAAUGGGAAGGAAAAUUUUAAAUAGUAUUUGAGCUGCUAUUGAUCAUCAGACUUAACUUAUAAUUAAAUAAUAAGCAAACUUAAAUAAAAGUGAAUAAAGAUUCAAUAUAAACAUAAUGCUAGCUUACAAGCAUGAAUGGGAGGUUUUGCUCUUCCUCAUAUAUAAAUGUGUUGGUCAAAUUGUAUGUAAAGUAGAUUGACUGAUAUUCCUUAUACUCUCUAAUAAAUGGUGUGUUUAUUCA